CGGGGCCCUGUGGGUUCGGUUGUGACUAGGAAGGAGCUAGCGGAUUAGAGCCAGGGUGAGGGGUUUGCUAGAAGCUGGUCUUCGGCGGGAGCCGGAGUGUCUCCUCGGUGACAGCAUCCGUGACUUCCGGAGGAGCAUGUCGUUAGACUUUGGCAGUGUGGCACUGCAGACACAAAAUGAAGGAGAAGAAUACGACAAAGAAGACUAUGAAAGGGAGAAAGAAUUGCAGCAGUUACUCACAGACCUUCCUCACGAUAUGCUGGAUGAUGACCUGUCCUCCCCUGAGCUCCACUAUUCGGACUGCAGUGAGGAUGGCAGAGAGGAAGAACCACAUCAUUCUGAGCAGUCGGAGAUGAACUGGAAUGAGCAUCAAGUGCUGCCUAAGUCUCCAAGUGUAAAUGACUAUCAUGAGAUUCGGGAUAUGUAUAUUGGAGAGAAAAGUGGCAAUGGUUGGGAAGAGAAUCAAAGUAGAACUGAAGACCAGCAUCCUGGGUAUCAUCCUGAAGGAGGUGGAGAUGAAGGCGGAAGUGGUUAUAGUCCUCCGAGUAAACAUGAACAGACUGAUUUAUAUCACCUUCCUGAAAACUUUAGGCCCUAUACCAACGGUCAGAAGCAGGAAUUUAAUAGCCAGCCAGCCAAUGUAAUUGCAUUUUCAGAUCCUCAAAGGAAUCAUUUUCAGCAAUUUGGUAUGUCACAAAGUCCCAGUUGUCAAGCUUUGGAAUCAUAUAAAGUGACGUAUAAACCUUAUCAGUCUUCUGCCCAGCACAGUGGCUUACCAGCCCAGGACAUUGCAGGAAGUGACGCAUUUGAAGGCCUGCAACAGCAAUUUUUAGGCGCUAAUGAAACAGACUCUGCAGAAAAUAUGCACAUUAUUCAACUUCAGGUUCUUAACAAAGCAAAAGAGAGACAACUAGAAAAUUUAGUUGAAAAGUUAAAUGAAAGUGAACGUCAAAUUAGAUAUCUGAAUCACCAGCUUCUGAUAAUCAAAGAUGAAAAGGAUGGUUUGGCCCUCAGCCUUCGAGAAUCACAGAAACUCUUUCAAAAUGGAAAAGAAAGAGAAAUACAGCUUGAAGCACAAAUAAAAGCACUGGAGACCCAAAUACAAGCAUUAAAAGUCAAUGAAGAACAGAUGAUUAAGAAGUCCAGGACUGCUGAAGUGGCUCUGGACAGCCUGAAGCAGCAGCUGCUGGACCUGCAUCAUUCGGAGUCACUUCAGCGCGCGAGGCAGCAGCACGAGAGCAUUGUCAUGGGCCUCACGAAGAAGUAUGAAGAGCAAGUGCUGUCCUUGCAGAGGAAGUUGGAUGCUACAGUGACUGCACUUAAGGAACAGGAAGAUAUUUGCUGUCAUUUGAAAGAUCAGGUUAAACAACUGGAAAGGAAUCAAGAAGCAAGCAAAUUAGAAAAGACUGAGAUCAUUAACAGAUUGACGAGAAGCCUGGAGGAGAGUCAGAAGCAGUGUGCCAACUUGUUGCACUCAGGUUCAGUGCAGGAGGUGGCUCAGCUCCAGCUCCAGCUGCAGCAGGCACAAAAGGCACAUGCUAUGAGUGAAAACAUGAACAAGGCUUUGCAAGAAGAACUAAAAGAACUAAAAGAUGAAAUUUCUCUCUAUGAAUCUGCUGCAAAACUAGGAAUACUUCCAAGUGACUCAGAAGGAGAAUUAAAUAUAGAACUCACUGAAUCGUAUGUGGAUUUGGGUAUUAAGAAAGUCAACUGGAAAAAAUCCAAAGUUAAGAGCAUUGUACAGCAGGAAGACCCAGAUGAACAGCUUUCCAAAGACGAGGUCAUUCUGAAGCUGAAAGCAGAGAUGCAGCGUUUGCUGGGUAGCAACUCUGUGAAACGUCGUCUGGUGUCUCAGUUACAAAACGAUCUCAAAAACUGCCGUAAGAAAAUCGAAGAUCUCCAAGUGGAGAAGGAUGAAAAAAGCACUGAGACUAAAACCGAUACCUCGGAAAAACCGACUAAUCAGAUAUGGCCUGACUCUUCCGAUAUGAUUGUCAAAGACGAUAUUCUGCGACUUAAAAAUGAAAUUCAAGUUUUGCAGCAACAAAAUCAGGAACUUAAAGAAACUGAAGGAAAACUGAGAAAUACAAAUCAAGACUUAUGCAAUCAAAUGAGACAAAUGGUACAAGAUUUUGACCGUGAUAAACAAGAAGCUGUGGAUAGGUGUGAAAGGACUUACCAGCAGCACCACGAAGCCAUGAAAGCCCAAAUACGUGAAAGCCUGUUAGCAAAGCAUGCUUUGGAGAAACAGCAGCUCUUUGAGGUUUAUGAGGGGACUCGCUUGCAACUUAGGUCUGACUUAGAUCAGGUGAAUAAGGAGAUGGCGGCUGUGCAGGAAUGUUACCUGGAAGUGUGCAGAGAGAAAGAGAAUCUAGAAGCGACUCUCAGGAAGACCAUGGAGAAGGAGCAGCAGGCUCAGGAGAAGAAGAGACAGCUAUUGGAGGAAAGAGAAGAGUAUGUAAGGAAACUGCAGGUGGAACUUGAAGAAAAGUACCAAGAUACCCUUGUGAUGGAAAAGGACAAGUGGCUGAAAGAACAAGAAAGUGAUAUUAAACAGCAGGUUGAAAAUGAAGUGAUGUUAGCCAAAGCACACUGGGAUAAGGAACAGAAGGAGAUCAAACAAGAACUUAUUCAACAGCUUGAAAAGGAGUGGCAGUGUAAGCUGGACCAAAAUAUAAAGGCAAUGAAAAAGAAGACCUCAGAUUGUUGCAGCCAAACUGACCAAGAAACCACCAUUGAUGUUAUUUCCAAGAAAGAGAUGGCAAUCAUGAUAGAAGAGCAGAAACGAAAGAUCCAGCAAAAUUUAGAGCAAGAGAAGGAAGUAGCCAUCAAGGGGGGCUUGAAGAAAUUAGAGGUUGAAUUGGAACUCAGAUAUUGUGAAAAUAUUGCCAAACAGGUGGAAGCAGCUGUGCAAAACGCUCGUCACCGGUGGUUGGAGGAACUGCCGGAGCUGGCAGAGUAUAAAACACUUGUAAGAGCAGAACAGAAGAAGUGGGAGGAGCGACAGGAGCAGUCUGUGGCCGGACGGAUAUUGUUUGCUGUUUCUGAAGCUAAAGAGAAAUGGAAAAGCGAGAUUGCAAAUAUGAAGAAAAAUGUCAUACCUGGAAAGGAAUUGGAAGAGAAGAUUCAUUCUCUGCAGAGAGAGCUUGAGUUAAAGAACGAAGAAAUCCCUGUGGUUGUCAGGGCCGAGUUGGCAAAGGCCCGGAGUGAAUGGAACAAAGAAAAGCAAGAAGAAAUCCGUAGAAUUCAAGAACAAAAUGAGCAAGAUUACCGGCAAUUUUUAGAUGAUCAUCGAAAUAAAAUUAAUGAGGUGCUUGCAGCAGCUAAGGAAGACUUUACAAAACAAAAAACUGAACUACUUCUUCAGAAGGAGACAGAAUUACAAACGUGUUUAGACCAGCGACACAGAGAAUGGACUGUGCAGGAAGCCAGGCGGAUCCAACUGGAAAUCUGUCAGUAUGAGGAUGACAUCCUAACUGUCCUUGAGUUUCUCUUAAAGGACACCCAGAAGGAGCAAGCCAGUGGUUCAGAGAACAAGCACCUUUUAGAACUCAUGGCGACUUGUUCUUCGAAGUGGGUGUCUGUGCAGUAUUUUGAAAAACUAAAGGUCUGCAUACAGAAAGCAUUUCAAGAUGUACUCUCCCUACUUAUAGAAACUGUCGACUCAGACUGGGGAAAGAGAAAUAUGACCAAGAUUUCUAAGGAUCCUGCCACAGGGGUCACUGGCAGAGGAGACCCUGGAGUCCUGGCGGUCCUUCCUGCACCUACAUCUGGACACCACGCUCAGUCCUUGGCCAUGCAAGAAGCAGAAGCUGAUAAGAAAAAGAGCCUUGAAAUUAAAGAUUCAUGCUGUGGACACUGCUUCCAAGAACUUGCAAAGGCAAAGCAGGAAUGUCAAGAUCUGAAAAGAAAACUGGAAAAAUCCUGUAGGCAUCUUCAGCAUUUAGAAAGGAAGCACAAAACUGUAGUGGAAAAAAUCGGAGAAGAGAAUAGUAAAGUUGUUGAAGAAUUAAUAGAAGAAAACAGUGACAUGAAGAAUAAAUUGGAAGAACUGAAACCACCAAGGUCACUGUCAGAAGGGGCCAUUGAAAAUGCUUGCCUCCCAUGCAACGGGGUGGCCUUGGAAGAACUUCGUGGGCAGUACAUUAAAGCUGUAAAAAAAAUUAAGCGUGAUAUGCUUCGUUAUAUUCAGGAGAGUAAGGAAAGAGCUGCAGAAAUGGUAAAAGCAGAGGUAUUGCGAGAACGUCAAGAAACCGCCCGAAAGAUGCGCAAAUAUUAUUUGAUUUGCCUUCAGCAGAUUUUGCAGGAUGAUGGAAAAGAGGAAGGGGCUGAGAAAAAGAUUAUGAAUGCUGCUAGCAAACUUGCUAUCAUGGCAAAAUUGCUGGAAACACCUAUUUCUAAUAGGUCCCAGAGCAAAACUACACAGCCAGUAUUGCCUCUGACUUCAGAGAUGCUGACUGGAGUUGAAAAAUCAAAAAGAAAUGAUGGGAAUCAGAAUAUAUCAUGUCACAGUGAAAGAAAAUCAAACAGUAUAAAAACUAUCCCCAGAAGUAUGUGCGACCAAGUUCCUAAGAGGAGGGCUGCCUGUAACUUACAAAGGCGAUUAGAGGAUGCAGAGCACAGGGACGGAAAGCAUGAGGGUUCCAAAGAGUCACAUCCAGACUUUCAGUUCGAGAAUAACAGUCACAAGCACCUGGACAUUUUGCCAAGGAAUGUUUCUCCUGAGUUUGUUCCUUGUGAAGGCGAAAGAGGCUUUGGUUUGCACAAGAAGAAAGACCUCCUCAGUGAUUCUGACUCUGAAUCACUCCAGCACUCAGCCACACACCCCUUUCUCGGACCUUUCGGAAAUAAACACUCACCUAGAUAUACCCCUAGUCUUUCUGAAUCCGAAUCCGUGCAUAUAACUUUUCAAAGUCCUAAUGAAAGACUUGGUUUAAAAGUAUAUAAGUGUAGUCCACUAAUGGAAAGUGAAAAUGCUGCAUCUGAGAAAAGUCAAAGUUUGGGUGUUAAGAAAACUCCAGCAAAGGAUGAAGGGGACCUCAGUGACUCUGUAGGCUGGCAUUCCAACAGUGCCACUCUACCCUGCAGCAGUCAUGAAGUGUCAUUUUUGCAUGAUAGGCCACAAGAAACUCUGGAUACGCUCACUGAAGCUAUUAAUUUCAAACAGUUGUCAGCAACAAGUUGUCUUUCAGAUUCAGAGAAAAAAAAUAUGAUUCGUCAACCUAUGAAAUGUCAGAGUGGUCAUGCUUCAGACCUUUCAGAAGAAACCACGUAUUCCCAGGCAGGGAAGAUCAGCAUGACUUUUGGACACCCACCUCAUCAUAAGGCUGAUAUACUGAAGUCAGAUUUCAAGACCCUGAGCAGCACAGUACCAUCUGCAGUGUGUCCGCAGCCUUCAAGAAAAUUAAUUGCUCCUCUGUCCAGCCAACAAGAUAGUGGCUUUGAUAGCCCAUUUGUCAAUCUAGACUAAUUGUUGUAGAGUAUUUAAGAAGAAUCAUUAAUAUAUUGAUAAGAAAACUGGAAGGGAAGACUUCAUACUGAAAAAUAUUUGUGGGCUCUGUAUAUUUUGAGAUAUUCUAAUAAUGUCUAUCAUAUGAGUAAAGUAUUCUCAUAAAAUUACUUGAGAUAUUAAUGUUGCCUUAAUCUUCCAAAGGCCUGAUGGUGUAUGUGUAACCUUCUUCUGUGUGGUGCUUGUAUUUGGUUGCUAAACCAUCUAUUUUUAUACUUAUA